GUCUAUUUUUAAUUGUUAUCAUUCGUCAGUUAUUAAGUUAUUGUGGCGAAUAAUUCGAUAUAUUAUGAGCCUAACAUUAUUAUUACAUAUAAAAUAUAAACAACACAAUAUGUGGCUUCCUCUAACGUAGCCGAGUGAUCCGUAAACACUCCUCGAGCUCGGUGUGUUUGUUUCAGGAAAUCCGACAUGUGUAAGUGUAUAUUUGAAAUAACUACAAUUAGUACAGUUGGAUCUACAUGACAUUAUUCAGUCAGAUUUAGAUUUUUUUGUGCUGUUUUAAUGGAACAUCUGUUACCAAACAUCAGUUACUUGUUAUAGUUACCACAUUAAGUAUCAUCCUUUUUUUUUUUAAAGUCAGUUUAGGUAAACUAAAAUGUGUAGUGCGUGUAGGAUAUAUAUACACAUACUAGGUAGGGCAACGCAACUUCUCUUCCUUGUAUAAAAUACGGUCGGCACACAGCACGGUACACAGCACGGUGUGUGACGAUUGUGUUGUUUUGGGUUCGGACGCAGGGAAUGAGAACUCAGCACGCUGAGCAAUGAUAGCGGGGUGUACAAAAAAAGUUCCCUUCGAGAUUCAUUGUUAAUUAUAUUAUUCUCGAACCCGGUUAUGUCGAUGGCCUUUCGGUUAGCCAAAAAGCGUCGAGAUAACCGAUGAUCAAAAUAACGAAAGCCAAUACGGUGGCAAUAUAUUAACAUGUGCUUGAAAUUUCUUUAUGUACACGAUGUGCGAUUAUAAAUGGGAAUGUACAUGCACGUGUUUUUGGAGUGUUUUUUUUUUUUUAUAUAUACCACAGCGUUACCGUGAUUUGUCUGAUGAUGAGAUCGGCGUGCUAUAAAAAUGUACAUACAUGUUUGCUAACAACACAAGGCAUAUGUGGGGUGCCACUUUUCCGAAUUAACCCGGAAUUCCGAAAUCCUUGGGGCUAAAUAUUUUUUUCAGCUUAGGACUGGCAAGGUUUUAUUUUCUCUCGCUCCCAAUUAGUCAGUUCAAUUUAUUGAAAUGCAGAUUCUGGAUUUUUUUAAAAAAAGUCAACGGGUAAUAACGCGUGAAAGCCUUUUAGUGACAAGCGGGUUCGCUAUAAAUAGAACAGGUACUAUGACCUCACCUCUCUCUUUUUCGUGCAGGCCUCUCGCUCCUCACUUCUUGCUGUGUCAAGUUAAUUGCGUGGACAACAAUAUUGUCAUUUCAUUUCAAUUACUACAGUUUGAAGUCGGCACGUUUAUGUUGUAUAUAAUUUUUAAAAGCCGGCGAUUGGUCAUGGGGAUCGAGAUAAACAAGAUUUAGUUGUAAAUUUGGCCGCCUUUUGUGAUCGAGAUAUCAGGGUUCGGCGAAUCGACAUAACCGAGGAGAAAAUGCGAGGACAGAUAGAGAAUCGGGCGUUUUCCACUUCCAAAACGUCGACAUAACAGGUUUGGCGAGUGAACCGAGGUCGAGAUAAGUGGGUUCGACUGUAUAGACAGCUUGUCACUCUUUAUGGCUCAUGUCAUACACGUUUGUCAGGGUAGUCGUUGAAUAUUGAUUGUGCUUAGAAUUAAGUUACAUACAUCACAUUAUAUCUUUAGAGAUACUUCUAAAUAAAACAUGCCUCUUGAGAACUAAGUCAAAGCCAAUGUCUCGUCAUCUUGCUAAUUUACCACUAGAAAUGUUAUCUUUUCAGAAACCACCAAGUGCAAACGCACUAACACGCCCAGAAAAUGACGCAGGAAGAAACCCCUCUUCAACACAGACUUAUAGAGGAAGGGUUCUACGACUUCGUCAAGGCCUGUCGAGCUCACACCAACGUCCAGCUAAACUACAUCGACGACGAACGGUUCCUGACACGCUAUCUUGAAUUCCGUGGCGUCAUAUUCAAUCCUGACCUUGCUAUUUACAAGAUGGAGCACACGUUCAAAAAUCCUUCUUUGAUGAGCUCGCGAGAUGAGAUCGGAGAAGAUGCCGCUAGAUAUUAUCAAGUCUUCAUUAAAAGAUACGCUGUUGUUAUUGAAUCUGCAUUUAAGGUAAAUAUAUAUAUAUAUAUAUAUAUAUGUAUAUAAUUAUUUUCAUUAAUUUAAAUAGUAAUAUAAUUAAGACAAUAUUUAUAAUAAUUUUUUUUUAAUUUUAAUUUACCACAUUUCUUAAAUAACAGACAUUAACAUCUUUAAUAAUAUAUAUAAUUAAAGAUGUUACUGUCUGUUAUUUAAGGAAUGUGGUAAAUUAAAAUGUAAAAAAAAACAUUAUUUUAAAUAUUGUCUUAAUUUUAUUACUAUUUAAAUUAAUGAAAAUGAUUUUUUUUUUAUUUCGUCUGCAACCCUGUAAAUUUAAUAACAUGAUUACUCCACAAAAUAAUGGCAACAUUUUGUGUGUAUGUAAUUUUGAUUUUUUUUUUUUUUGGAUUUUUUUUAUUUUUUUUUGGUAGUAAGCCUAGACAAGUUCAAUGUACCUGAAUAAGUUUUAUUAAGAAUCAAAAAAGUCAUGCAUCUGGAAACUGCUGCACCUUUUCUCCUCCUUUUUUAUUGUCCAAGUAUACACCAUAGAUGCCUCGUUUUUUACAGAUACCUCCUUUUUUACAGAUGCCUCCUUUUUCACAGCAAUUCACAUAUAGAUCUACAGCGCAGCUCUUUGUGCGCAACUGUGUGUACGUGUUAGCGCAACCGUCUCGUGCACAUGCGUGUGUAGCAUGCAUGUAUGUGUGUGAUUGGUUGCGUUUCUGCGUGUGUGUGUGUGUGUGUUCGUGCUUCAGAAAAACUGGGCUGGCCGAGAUAACAUAUACAAGAGGUUUGGUAGUGUGCAGUGCUACAGUUUAGCCCCAUCACAAUUGACUUACAAAGCUGGCAGGGCAAUGAUUGACAGUCAUAGCGCUCUUGGCAACCACUGACAUAAAUAGCGUUUACGGCAACAGUUGACUACCAUAGGGUACUGGGAAACAAAUGACUUUCAUAGCUUACAGAGCAAUGAUUGAUUUUCAUAGCAUCCUUGGCAAUAAUUGCCUUCUUUACAGUACUGGAAAACAGUUGACUUUCACAGCGUACUGGGCAACAAAACUUUCAACAAUUAAAUUUCAUAUCGUACUGAGAAACAAGACUUUUAUAUCGAACUGGACAACAAUUAUUGACCUUUGAUUUUGUUCUGGACAACAAGAAUUACACAGUGUAAUGGAAAAAAAUAGAACUUGCGUAGACCUAUGGGUCUUUGUUUGUGUCAGUAGGCAUUUAGUUUAGAUGAGAUUUGAUUGAUUUUUUUGUAUAAGGGAUUUUAAAAUAAUUAUGUUCAAUUACAUAAACAGAAUGCAAAUUGUGAGCUUCGAAGCCAAGAACACAUGCAUCUAUCGUGGAAGGAGGUAGAAGCUGUUGUGCAGUGUCUCGCAGAUCAGCUGAAGUCAGGAAGAAAGUACAUCAACGAGGCAGCAUUUGGUUUCCAGUACAGCCUGUUUGUUCUACAGUUUUACUUCGCCGAUGAGAUGAAUGAAAAAAUCGGAGAUCUGUUGGCAGAAAUUAAAUUCAAUGGUAAGAAAAAGUUUAUGGAACUUACAGUUUUGAAAACAGGCCAGCAAUCUCAUGAAGUAGAUAGAAAAUAAUGUUAAAAAGCUAAGACAGUGUGAAUGUAUUGAAUUAUCUUCCAAACGGAGCAUUUCACGAGUUUCAGCGAUUGUAUUGACAUAAUUAAUACUUAUUGCCUGUUUUUGUUUUUUUUUUUUUUUUUUUUUUUUUUUUUUUUUUUGGGGGUGGGGGGGUUAAAUAUUUUUAUUUAAACGAUGUGUAUUUGAAAAUUGUUUAUAAUCUUAAAGAAACACACACGCAUGCACACGCACGUGUGGACAUUGCCGCACGCACGGACUCACAUACACAUAUACAGGCACACAUACGGACACACACACGCAAGUACUUGUGUUUUUCAAUUGCUAUCUGCUGUUUUGCGAAGGGCCAUUCAUAAACUUCCAAAUGUGAUUCCUAAAACUUGAAGAAUAAAUAUUAUGAAUAUGUUACAUUGAAUGAGAUAAGGGCUCAUAAUUUUUCAGUUUUUAGGUUUCCAUUUUACUUUGAUAGACUUAAAAAAAAUAUUUAAAAAUCGAUCUGAAUUUUUGAAUUGGUUCAUGUUCAAUAUUUUUAACAAAAGAUUUAAGGUUUAGCUUUUGAAACAACGGUAUUAAAUAAAUUCAUAUAUUUUUACUCCCAGAGUCAUGUUAUUAUCAGAGCAAUCAGUUUUUUCAAGACAUUGUCUCAGUACUAUUUUAUAUUUAGUUGCUUAUUUUUAAGCAUUGAGCCUUGUUGUCGUAAGUGAUGUUCUCUAAUAAAUUUAGUGCAUUCAGUCAAGUUGUCGUAAGUGAUGUUCUCUAACAUGUUUAUUGCAUUCAGCCUUGUUGUAGUAAAUAUUGUUCUCUAGCAUUCUAGUGCAUUCAACCUUUUUUGCCGUAAGUGAUGUGUUCUAAUAUCUUUAUGCAUUCGGUCUUAGUGUCAUAAAUGAUUUUCUCAAACAUAGUUAGUUUUUAUUUGCGUAUUUUUUUUGCCCAGGUAGCAUGCAUAGUUUGCGUUAAAUCCGAUACUUUAUAUCUCAAUAUAAUCCAUUCAAUUUGCUAUAUAUUUUUUCAAUAUAUAAUGACUUAAUCUAAUAUUUUAUAUCUUAUUAUAAUGCGCUACAUCUGAUAUGCUGCAUCUAAAUCUAAUUUAUUACAUCUGAUGUUUUAUAUCUUAAUUUAAUGCGUUAAAUAUAACAUUGUAUAUCUAGAUAUAAUUCUUUUAAGUAUGAUACCUUAUGUCUAGAUGUAUUCAACAUCGUAGCUGAACUUGGAAAGGUGAAACUUCAAGAUGCACUGGAGUGCAAUAAUGUGUACGCACUGACAAGAAUUACACUUAAAACAACCAUAUCAUAUAGUGAUUACAGUGAAACAUUUGCCUUGGUCAGUAACACAUAGUUUUUAUUAUCUUUAUUUAAUAAUUUAUUACUGUUGACUGUUUUUUUAUCAAUUCCUCAUUCAUCUUCAGUCAUCUUUCCAUAAUAUAUAAAUCCAUCACCGAUCUUUCCAUCCAUGUUUCAUUCUAAGUAUCUCCAAUUAUCCGUCCAAUGCUAUUUAUAAUCUCACGUAUUUAUAUAUAAAAUAUAUGCAAAAAUGCUAUUGUAAUAUUCAAAAGGAUAUAUUUUUACAUUGUUGCUUAUCUUGCAGUAUUUGGCCAAUGUUGGACUACUUGCCACUCUAACAGCACAUAUAACUGAGAUAAGUUAUCGUGAUUAUUUAAAAGAACAGGUAAAUUCAAAGUAUGUCUAUUUUAUAAGAUUUAAAUUUCAAAUGAUAUGCUUUGUUGUUCUUGCAAUAAUUGUGUUAUUUAUUUUUUUCCCCACUGAAUGGAUAAUGUCUUCAUUUCCUCAUACUUCUUUUCUUUAAACACUCUUUUACUUAUCCCUUUCUCUCUCUCUCUCUCUCUCUCUCUAUCUAUCUAUCUAUCUCUCUCUAUCUAUCUAUCUCUCUCUCUCUAUUACUCUCUCUCUCUUUUCCUAUAUUUAACAAUCUUUUUAUUUAUUUCUCUGUAUUUUCUCUCUUUGUUGUUAUCAUUCUCUCUCUCUCUUUCUCUCUCUCUCUCUCUCUCUCUCUCUCUCUCUCUAUCUUUUGUCUCUUUCCCCUAUUCUCUAUUUCUCUAUCUCACUCUAUUUCUCUAUUUCACUAUAUUACUCUCUCUUUCUCUCUAUCGCUUUCUAUCUCUUCUUCUCUGUCUUUCUCUCUCUCUCUCUCUCUCUCUCUCUCUCUCUCUCUCUCUCUCUCUCUCUCUCUCUCUCUUUCUCUAUAUAUAUCUCUCUCACACACACACUGAUUUUGAAGGUUUUCUUUAUAUAUCUUUCUCUGCUCUUUUUAUGUGUUUUUUUCUUUUCUAUCUUUUGUCUCUUUCCCCUAUUCUCUAUUUCUCUAUCUCACUCUAUUUCUCUAUUUCACUAUAUUACUCUCUCUUUCUCUCUAUCGCUUUCUAUCUCUUCUUCUCUCUCUCUCUCUCUCUCUCUCUCUCUCUCUCUCUCUCUCUCUCUCUCUCUCUAUCUCUCUCUCUCUUUAUCUAUAUAUAUCUCUCUCACACACACACUGAAUUUGAAGGUCUUCGUUAUAUAUCAUUCUCUGCUCUUGUUAUGUGAGUUUUUCUUUCCUAAAAGCGACUAGGCAUAUAUGAGAUACUAGACCUAUGUAGCCAAAUGUAAAUUAUUUCAUUUUACGCACAUCUGAGGUAUAUUACAUGCUCCUUUUCAUUUUAAUUAUCCCAGGCAGCUUCUAUGUUCAUGGAUAACGUCUUUGAACUGGUUUACAACAUGGCCUACCACUCAGACUCUAAGACAAAGCAGAAAUUUGACGCAACUAAAGAGGUUUGGAAAUAGAAAUGUUUCUUCUUAUAUAAAUAUAUAUAUAUAUAUAAAUGUUAAUUCCAGUUAAUAAUUUCAUAUGGGUCUAACUAUAAAUUUUUUAAAUAUAUUUUCCUCUGUUAGAAUAUGUCUUUUCUUGUAUUCUGAGGACCUUUAAAACGAUUUAUAAACUAAAAAAUGGUAAAAACUCUGAAGGGAAAUUAUUUCUUUAUGGAAAACUUUUACGUCAGAUGCUAUUAAAUCUGUCUAUACAAAAUUCACAAAGAGAAAAAGUUUAAAAUUUAAAAAUUAAAAAGAAUAUAAAAUAUAUUUGGAAAGAAAAAGGAAAGUGGUAAUUUAAUUAAUGCAUUUAAAUGGUGGCUGUCUGCUUCAGGCUUUAUUGAACUUCCCUCAAGUCGGUAACGAUUAUAGAGGAGUGUUAAUAAUGAUGUCGCUUGUCUACACAAUGGAUGAGCAUGAACUUGGCUCAUUGUCGGAUGAACCAAGUAAGGCGUAUAUAACAGUGCUAAAUUGGACUUAAAUGCCUUUUUAAGUGAUUAAAUUUACAACUGUAUUGAUUUUGUUUAUGUUUGGGGGGGGGGGGGGCAAGGGGGUUGUGAUGUUUUAUUCUGUGUUUUUUUUGUUUUUUUUCAUAUUUAGCACGUACUUGAUCUAUUCAAAAUUCUAUUUAUGUUUAAUACAACUGUAUUGAUUUUGUUUAUGUUUGGGGGGGGGGGGGGCAAGAGGGUUGUGAUGUUUUAUUCUGUGUUUUUUUUGUUUUUUUUCAUAUUUAGCACGUACUUGAUCUAUUCAAAAUUCUAUUUAUGUUUAAUUAUAAGGUCAACUCGUUGUAUACAUUUAUUUAAAUAAUUUAUAAUUUUAUCUCUCAGAAGUUGUUGACACGAUUAUCACAUAUAUGCAAGAAGCCAUGGUAAAAAAGGAAAGAAGAAGUAACACCAUGAGUCUGUGCGAAUUGGCAGAUGGGUUGACAACGCUGACAAUAAAAAUGUCUAAUAGAUCCAAGGUACAUAUUUUCAACAAAAACCAAAAAAAUGAAAUUAAUAUAUAAUAUAUUUGGGGAAAUAUUGUAUCGAAAAAUUCAUGUCUUUACUUAAAUUGUACACUUCUGUGAUGAGAGCAACAUUUAGUUUAUUCCGGCAGUUCUAUUGGAUGCAAAAAAAUCAUUUUCAAACAUUAUUUCACGUGCGACCAGAUUGUAAACAAAGGAGGCGCGCUGUCAGCAUUGGUGAACAUGGUACGUCACAAAAAUCCAAAAGAAAACGCAAGUGCCCUCCGAUGCAUCAACUCCUUGGCACAGUACAGUGACGUCAGACUGGCGUUGUUGGAAUUCCCAGACCUUGUAGACGCGAUGGUUGAUUUACAAAUGGCUACAAGUGUGAAAUUGCGGGCACAAAUUGAUGACACUCUAAAGACUAUUAGGUCGUGCACUUCAGGUAAUCUACGUAAGGUAAAAUUUAUAAUUGUUUCAUUUAGCAAACAAACCAGUCAUUAACACAAAAAUUAAUUAAAAUAUAAAAUUUUUCGAAGUUAAAUAAAGACCCACACUUAUAACAUCGAUCAGUCUUUUAUUAUAUAAAGCAAAUUUUAUAAUUUAUUAUUGUUUAAACCUUUUUGAAAGUAGUUUGAAUAUUAUUAUUUACCAUUUACUUUUUUUUAGAGGAUUCUGUUGAUAGCCUUUUGUCGGGUGCUGUUGCCGAACUCAAUCUGAUUCAAGAGACUUCGACGUGUAACAAUCCAGUAAGAAGCAAGUAUGUACGAUAUCUGCUGUGCGGUAUUUUCACUUAAAACUCCAAUAUUGUAAAUGUAAUGUACAUGUUUUUGGCAUAAUUUUUGAAGCAGAUACGCAUUUAAUGAAACAGAAUAAUUAUAAACAAAAAUCUGUAUUGCAACUUAAUUGCAAUAUUGCUUUCAACAUGCUCUUAAUAAAUCUAAAUUUCUGUUUUUAGAUGUAAACCUAAACAAAGUUACUGGAAAUAUUUAAGUUUUCAUGUUUGGUAACGUAUAAAUUUUUACGUGUUACGUCAUUCAAUCAAAAGUGACAACACGAAUAUUUAGUUCACGUCUUUUUAAUUUUUUUUUUUUUGACGAAGCCACCAGCUCAUGUUUAAAAAUACAUUUGAACAAAACUGUAUAACUUAUUUGUUGUUUUUUUUUUUUUGUUUUUUUUUAUUUUUUUGUGUUUGUUUUUUUUUAAUUAAGUAUUAAAAUUCAAUGCGCAAUCAUUGAAAUAAAAAAAAAUAAUGAAAAUUUUGAUAUCAUUAAUUGAAUUACAGGCUCAUCUCAUACACUGAUGUUGAUGGUCACUUUAAACGAAAUUCAACUUUUCAGGCCAAAUACAGAUUUUUUUACUAGCGAUACCUCAAUGAAUAUCACUAAGACUAUUUACUAGUUGAACGGUAGAACACAACAAAAUCAAAAAAGUUUUAUGGAGUCUAAGAUCUGUUUUACAAAAUUAACACAAAAGUGAUAUUUAUAAACAAACAAUAUGUUUGUUGUUUUACUUUUACACAACUGCGGGGAGUGUAGCUAAGGGGGGGCAAGGGACAGCUGUCCCCGGGCGCCAGACUAGAUGAGGGCGCCAAAAUGUGCUUUGAUAUUGUUUUAUUGGUGAACAUAAUUGGUUUGAGAGUUGAAAAAAAAAGAAAUGGUGUUUCUUUUUAAAAUAAAUCUUGUGCCCCCGGGGCGCCAGAUACUCUAGCUACGCCUCUGCACAACUGUCAGCGAUAUGAAACUGGGAGCAGUUCAAAUUUGUUCAAUCAGCUUUUGACUAAUCCAUGACUUGUUUCUCUCUAUCAGGUUGGAAAGCCCACUGCCAUCAACAGCCACACCAACGAGUGCAUCAAAUGGUAGGCUUUAAUACUAUUUUAAGACACGUCUUUAUUUUAUAAAGUCAAGUCCUAUCCCACUUUCUUUUCAACGCACGGGGGAAAAAAAGUUAAAUAAUGAUUAAGACAAAUAGGAGUAAUCCUUAAUUAUUGUUACAAUUCAAAUUGUUUCAUACUUGAUUAUUAUAGACAAAUACACUUGUAAUAAGAAUUUCGAUAUUGCGAUAGAAACUGACGUUUUAAUGCUAGUUGUUUGUAAUAUUUUUUCAAACAACAAUAAAUUUACACACAUUGUUGCAUAUUCGGUGUGAACUUUGAGCUUAUUUUAAGUUUUAAACCGUCGAUUAUAAGACAAUUCACUUUCAUUGGAUUAAUGAAAAAAACGUUUCGGAAAUCCACAUUCAAUGACUUAAUAACAGAUCAUAUUGUCAAUAAAGCGGUUAAUUGUUUUAAUUUUUUGCCGGCUUGCACUUUGAAGACAAAUUUAAAGAACUAAUUCUCUUAGUGUGUGUUUUUUUUUUAUUUCCUCAUCCGCAGAUCAAACUAAAUGUGGGGGAAGAUCUGAAAGACUAAGACACGAAGAUGAAGAAACGCUACUUAAAAACUGGACAUAUCUUGUAGAGAACCUUGUGCCCCGUUAUGUAAUCACAGGCCUGAUGAAGAGAGGGGUUUUCAACGCUGACGAUCAGAAAGACAUACUGAGCCAUGAGGAUGUCAAGAAACAAAGUGAACUAUUCUUGCAAAAAUUGUUAAACUCGGGUCCCGGUCCGGCGUUUCAACACUUUCUUGAGGUCUUAGAGACGGACUUUGACUUUAUAGUUAAGACGCUCAGCGAUACGAUGGGGAAAUGACGUUUGAUUUGACAUGGCUCAAAAUGGCGCACUGACUUUCAAUAGCUUUGCAUCUAAACUUGUAACUACCAGUACCCCAUCCAAGGAUUUGUAAAUUGCCGCUGCAUAUUUACGUGUUUCAAUCCACACCUACCUGGCAAGAUUUACAACCAUUUUGCAACUGUGUAUUUUGACAAACCGACCAGUCCCGUCUACUUCAGCAAGAAAAUGUUUUAACACGUAUUGAGUCCAGUGGAGAUACUAUUGAUCAACUCAGCCCUUAUACUUCACAAUAUUAGUAUGAAACGACAGCGGGUGCAUUUACAACCCGUUUAGUUUUGUUUACAAGGCUAAAAACGCUAUAUUAAACAAAUGAAUAGAUUAAUAAAGUAGUGUCAAUCACAUACUAUGAUAGUAUUUAAGUUAUCCCCCUGUUUUGUUUCAAACUUUUAACUCUUUAUUUUCCCAGCUACCCUUGUCUACGUCUCAGCUCCCAUGGUCCCCCGCCUCAACUCUCAUGCUCUUCGUCUUCAACUCCCACUGUCUUUGUGCCAACUCUUCAAAGUGGUUUAGAAGCCUCAACCGACAUCGUACGUGCAUGCGCCCAGGAGAUGGCCAAGAGACACGUGGCAUUAAUUGUAUCAAUUGAUCAAGGCAUGUCGUCAGCCCUCGCUUUAUGACAAGUGAAGUUAAGCAACUGCUAAUAUAUGAAUGGCAAAAAACUACGACCGAUGCCAAGAUUGUAGAUUGUUUUUCUGAUGUUGAGGCUAAAAUCUGCAAAUCUACGUUGAAAAAAAAAUGGAUUAAAUAUAAUCAUUUUGAAAUAACCUGACAGAUUAUAUAUAGACUCUAUAUUCAUUUCAUCCAGCUGCCUGCAAAGAAUUUGGCCUGACACUUAGCCUAAAGAAAACUAACAUUAUAGCACAGGGUGAUGACUCCCUCCCCACUAUCGCCAUCGACGACUACGACUUGGAUACUGUUGACAGAUUCACAUAUCUGGGAUCCAACAUAUCGAGCACCCUCUCAAUGGAGAAUGAGAUAAGUGGAAGGAUAGGGAAGGCUGCAACUGUUAUGGCCAGACUGAAGAAAAGAGUCUGGUCAAACGCCAAACUCAUCACAAGAACUAAGCUGCAGUUGUACCAGGCCUGCGUACUGAGCACACCCCUGUAUGGAUGCGUGUCGUGGACCACAAAAUUUCAAUAGUAUAUAAUUUAAUAUUAUCACACUCGUGUAAAUUCUUUCCUAUCAGCUUUAUUAAAGCUUAAAAAUAGCAGGCACAAUUUUUAUGACGAAGAAAUUUGAUGUUAGCUGAUCCACUUUAGUAAAUAAUAAUUCCAUUACUGCAUUUAGCAUAUUAUUUAGCUUUUCCUUUUUGCAUGAAACUUGUGAGUCUUUGCACUACAGACAGACAAGCUGUCAGACAAGCUGUCACCAUGAAAUUCACUGCGCAUAAAAGAAAUACAAUGUAAAAAAUAAGAGGAUAUAGAUCCUUAUAUAUAAAUUUAUGUUGUAUUUAAGACAAAGUAAUGUCAGCGGAAGCGCGAGUGGAAGCCCUUGUGGAUAAAGAGAAAUGCUAAAGAUCAAAUAACACCAUCAUUCAGGAUUCUGCUUUGAGACUCACAGCCGAGACAGGAUUGGUCUCAUAAGUCACUCAAUGGUUGGUCUCAUAAGCCACUGAGUCAUUGAUUUCAUAAGCAAUUUAAGGAUUGGUCUCAUAAGCCACUUAAUGAUUGGUCUCAUAAGCCACUCAAUGCUUGGUCUCAUAAGCCAUUCAAGGAUUGGUCUCAUGAGUUACUCAAGGAUUGGUCUCAUAAGCCACUUAAUGAUUGGUCUCAUAAGCCACUCAAUGCUUGGUCUCAUAAGCCAUUCAAGGAUUGGUCUCAUGAGUUACUCAAGGAUUGGUCUCAUAAGCCACUUAAUGAUUGGUCUCAUAAGCCACUCAAUGCUUGGUCUCAUAAGCCAUUCAAGGAUUGGUCUCAUGAGUUACUCAAGGAUUGGUCUCAUAAGCCACUCAAAAGAAGCACUAACUGAAACAAAAGCGUUGCUAUCUUCUCAGUAAGAAGAAAUGAUGACACAUUGUAUUAAUACGCGCAAAAUAUUAAAUUGUUUUCAGCCUACUUAGCUUCUAUGACUUUCAACAACAACAAAAUUCAUUAGCUUCCAGUUUCGCUUGUUGUAAAUUUUGAUUAUUUUAUUUUUAAACAAUUUUAUAUCUGUAGAUUAACGUAUCCUCAUGAAAUACAGGAUUGCAAAUUCUAUGCUAAUAUACGGAAUUUAAAGUUUAAAUGCUAAAAUGAAGGAUUUAAUUUUUUUAAGUGACCUAUACGAAUGUAAACUGAAUUUUACGAACUGCUGUACACUAUCGUCAACCGACUUAUUAAAUAAGAAGACACCCGAUGGUACGUCAGGAGGUAGACAGGAAAUGUAGUCGUCCGAAAUCAGCUAGAACAAGAAAGAACUUUAAAUGGGGGAAAGGGCUCACGUGGUAUCAGAAGAAGCUUUACAGACACCACAAGCGUCCAUGGGAAAUACAAAGAUAACAUGUACUGUCAGAUAUAUUCAAUAAACAAUUUGAGGAGAAUAAAAUAACGUUAUAACUGAAAAUAACUUCAAUAUAACUUUGGAACUCAACUAGAAAUUUAGGUCGCAUUUCUAUUUAAAUCCAAGACGAUUUAUGCCGCAGACUUGGGCUCAAACCCCAGAAAGAGUUACUUUCAGACACCAGUCUUAAGUCGGAACUAUGUUGCAACGUUGACGCGAAACAUGACAGUUAUGAUUACCAUAAGCAUAAUAUGAAUAUCAAAGACAAAAACUAUUAUAUUGACUAUAUUUUAUUAUUUCCUAUGUAUGUAUUUCUAUCCAGGUUACAUUUAGUGCUGAUAAUGUGACAUGUCGAUGGUGUUAAGAGAAAAAUUAUUAAAAUAAAACCAAUAUACAUUUUAAAUGUG